AAGGUCUCGUCGAGGAGACAGCUUCUCUUCACUAUGCCUCCUUCUGUAGGGAAGUCCACAGCAAAGGCCAAGCGGGUCCCAGGACGGCGGACUCGUUCGUUUGGAGGAUGCGUUACCACUGACCCUUCCCAGUGUCGCAGCCGUCGUGUGAAAUGCGAUGAAGGACGUCCUGGAUGUUCUAUGUGUAAAAUUUCGGGUCUUGAUUGCGGCGGUUAUAGUAAGGACAUUUUCUUCGACUUUGAUGAUCCCUCGUCAACAGGAAUCGCGCGAUUUCGAAGACCACUAUUAACGGACCAAGAACGAGAACGUCUGAGCGAGCAGAUCGCGCAAGAUGUUCCGCCAGAGCUAGCGGGUUGGCAUCUUUCUCAAAUUGACGAAGAAUGCGAAAAGGCGUCUUCAGACCUUCAGAUCUUCAGAGGACCUUUUGGAGCUUUUCGCAUUGCGCAACAAUUGUCCUCAAACCCCUUGAGUACUUUGAACGAGAUAAAUGAGGACGCAAUAGAGGGUCCACAGGUUCACGACGCUGUUGAAGAAGAUCAAAUACUACUUCCUGACUUCGAUGACGACGUGGAAGUUGUCGCCUCAACACUCGACUUUGCGACUGGAACGACUCCUCGAGAUGCUCAGCAUCAAAUACCAGCGGAACAUAACGCGCUUAUUCCUCGUACAGAUUGGUUGAAGACGCUGGAAAGCUUUCCUGUGAGCAGCUGGCUGGAUCCAGGACACUCCGAUCUCCCCGACUGGUGGGAUCCCGUGGCCAUGGGCAUUGAAACUGCCAUGCCUUGGAUGGGUGAAUCAGCCUCUGUGCAGAAGCCUCCUUCAUCAUUUGCACGGUCUUCUACAAUUGAGCUUGGAUCUCCAAGUCUUUACCUAUCACACCUUUCGCCUAGCUCAGGCUCUGUGUCAUCACAAAUUGACACAGAUGUACCGCGCGACGCUGUGUUACUAGUGAAGCAUUACGCGACAAUCGUGCUUCGAGGCUUAACUCCAUACCGUCACAGCAAGACACCAUGGCACGUCCUCUUUCUGCCUCAUGUCAAAAGCUGUUUAGCGGCAUUGACCCUCGGCGAGAAGAUGGACCAUGCAAGUCUAUGUGCAUUCUACGGCACAUUAUCAAUCAGCGCCUUCAGCCUUGGAGGUAUUCAUGGCUCCACCAAAUGGCUAGACCAGGGCAAGGCAUAUUAUCAACAAGCCCACUUUCAUGUUUGUCUUAUGCUCAAGACUGCAUAUAAUAUCCCCAAGACGGCAAAAUACAAGUCCAUACUCAUGGCUCUUUUGACCAUGGUCCAGAUUGCCAUACUCUCUGGCAAUCGGGAUGAAGCCGAAUACUUCUUCCUGGAAACGGAGAAGUUCAUCCGAACAAAAGGCCUGAACCGACGCAAAUCUCGAAAGGUCAGGUUGCUACAUCACUGCUAUGUGUUUGAGCGUCUCUCGCACGAGAGUACAUUUACUCAAAGCACACUGAACUUGGAUCAUCGUAAUCGCGUCCGCGAAGCGAUAGAAGCGAGCGGUGCCAGUGCUUAUAGUCAGGAUAGCUUGUCUUUCCGUCUUACCACGUGGAGUAACUUGGACCAGGAGAUGCACAAGGUUAAAGGCCAAGAAGAGGGCGAAAAUGACCUUCACCUUCAACAUCCAGGAAUAUGGUCGGCUACGCUUUAUCCUGAGAUCUUUGGCGUACCAGAGCUCCACCUCUUUAUGCUUUCGCUGGUCAUCCGACUUGCACGUGAGAAAGAGCAGAACCAAGAUGAACAGAUUAAUUCUGGUCUGACACUGAAAGAGUUCAUGGCUCGAGCAAAAGUAGUUGAGCGAUGGAUCAAGCAGCUACACGUGCUUCGCCAGUCCAUAUGGAUGGUCGAAGCUCCUGUCGAUCCAGAACACCAACAGUCCGUCAACCUGUUGAACAGCUUGGCUGAUACAAUGCAGCACGCGCUUUCUGUGUAUUUUUACCGUAGGAUAUACGAUCUGGACCCAAGCAUGCUUCAAAAGCAUGUUCUUGGCGUGCGCGACCGACUCCUCGAGUUUGAUGCAUCGGAUGCUGGAAUGGGAUACGGAUCUUUGAGGCUGAUAUGGCCUGCUUUUGUUGCAGCUUGUGAGACUGAUGAUAAUGAUAUACGGGCGUCUUUUGUACAGUGGUUUGAAUGCGCUGCAAAGCGAAGUGGGCUGAGAAUAUUUACGGAAACGAAGGAACGAAUAACAUUUCAGAUCGCUGUAACCGGCGCUGGAUCAGGCAUGGGUCUAGCCACAGCAAAGCUCCUUGCUGAGAGAGGAGCUACACUUUCCCUCGCUGAUAUCAACGAAGAAGCACUGAAGAAGGCCAAAGACUCGCUUUCAGGUGACAAGCAUAUCUAUCAAGUGGUAGACGUCAGCAAAAGUGACUCUGUGGACGCUUGGAUCCAGAAGACCAUGGACACUUUCGGCAAGCUCCAUGGUGCUGUGAACAUGGCUGGCAUUAUUGCUGAGCCAGUACCUCUCACUGAGUACAGCGAUGAAGUUUGGGAUAAGAUGUUUGCAGUCAAUACCCGCGGAGUGUUCAACUGCCUACGUGCAGAGCUCAGAGCCAUGUCCGCUGGGGCUAGUAUUGUCUCUGCUGCAAGUGUCUUCGGUCAAUUCGGCGCUCCCGGACAUGUCGCAUACUGCGCAAGCAAAGCAGCUGUUAUCGGCCUUUCGCGUACAGCUGCGAAGGAAAAUGCCCACAUACGAGUUAACUGUGUCUCUCCCGGGUCCGUGAGUACUGCUAUGAACGAGCAUGAUGACGCAGAACACAUCAAGCGCAGUCUUUCGGGGACUGUGCAAAAGAGGCGAGCUGAUCCAGUCGAGGUUGCUCGUGUUAUCGCCUUUUUACUCAGCGAUGAGGCAUCCUUUGUGACUGGCGCGGUAUAUAAUGUCGAUGGUGGAUGGGUAUGCUAG